AUGCUCGGACCCCCAGUGGGCCCGCACCAGCCCAACAAGCCUCUUCAGAACCCCCAACAGUCACAGCAACUGCAGCAGCCUCUGCCACAGCAGCAGGGCCCACAGCCGUCCGAAAUUCCCCUCCCACCCCAGAGUGGCCAGGACUUCACGCUCUCGAACGUCCUUCACUUUCUGCAGACGGAAUGGCGGAGGUACGAGCGCGACAGAAACGAGUGGGAGAUCGAGCGGGCGGAGAUGCGGGCGCGAAUAGCGCUACUGGAAGGCGACCGCCGCUCGUUCGAUAAUGUCAAACUGGAUCUGAUGCGUCGCAUUAAAAUGCUUGAAUACGCGUUGCGGAUGGAGCGGACCAAGCAACUCGGGCAGCCCUCGUCGCAGGCAGUACCUAUUGCGAAGCUUGCUGCAUUACAGGCACAGUCUGGCCAGGCAUCGCAAAGAGACAACGACAGCAGUGGAAGUUCACCACGUAGUGAAGAUUCGCCACUGCCUGGUGACCGAAUGUCUACCGGGUCGGUCAAUGGCGGUCAAACGGGACAGCCUGUAAGCAGGACGCAGACGUGGAUAGCAAGCUCGUGGUCUGCUGUCGGCACAGGCACAGCGGGGUCUGGGCCUAUGGGCAAACCACCACCAGGCCGAGAUCCCAAGAGCAGAGCGCGGAGUCGGGACUACCUCAAGCAAUGUCUACAAGAGGUGUCGUAUCUGACGUCACCACAGGCGGUAAACCCGCUCCCAAACCGCCCACUGCUGAACAGCACGACGCUUCCUCUACAGCUGCCGAACGUGCCGUUUGACGCAUACAACGGGCGCCCGCGUAAGCUGAUGCCAGAAGUUGGGAAGGACUUCUCGCUGAUGAAUGGAAUGGGCAUGACGAAUGGCCCAGCAUCUGCGCCGUCAACGGCGAUCCCGCAGGGCAAUCUGCUGGACCGUCCUGGAAUGAUGGCGCCACAGCAGCAGAAUCAGGCGCCGCCACUGCAACAGGCACAGAGUCAACAGCAGCCGCCACCAACAGCAGAGAACAGGGAGAAGGAGGGUGACGGGGAGCAACCGAUGACCACGGCGAUCUUCCGCCCAGGGGACGACUGGCGGGAGAAGCUGCGGAUGUCCCACGAGGCGGCGGAGCAGGCGCGGUUGGAUGCAGGGCAAGCUGCCAGCGGUGCAGCCUCGUGGGAGCGACGAACACGGGACGAGGAAGAUGAUGUGAAGGACGAAGAGGGCGAGAUCGAAGACGAGGACGCAGGGGUGAUUGGCGACAGCGACAGCGGGAAGGUCUGGAAGGCACGGCGCACGCUCCGGAAUCACCUGGACGCUGUGCGCGCGAUCGCGUUCCAUCCCACAGAGCUAUGUCUUGCGACCGGCGGUGACGACAUGACAGUCAAGAUCUGGCGCGUUGACGUUGCUGGUCUCGCCUCUGCUACGUCGAGGCCCACGACGGAGGUAGAACCGCAACUCACAUUGCGCGGGCACUCAGCUGCGAUCACCAGGCUGGUGCAUGCUCCCUCGAAGCAGCUACUGUACUCUGCAUCACUGGAUUCGUCCAUCCGGAUAUGGGCGCUCCCACCCUCGUCGCACACGACGUACGCGUCGUACGACGCGACGCGUGCGCGAGGGGAGCUUAUCGGGCACACGGACGCGGUGUGGGACCUCGCGCUCGUCCGCGAUGAGAGCACGCUCAUCAGCUGUGGCGCAGAAGGUACAGUGAAGGUUUGGGACGUCAGCGGCCCGUCAGGCGGCGGCUCGCUCAAGCUAUCGUGGUCGUAUGAUGGCCUGGGGUCAGCCAGCGAGAACCACAGCGAGGGCGAGGCGCCGGGCGCGUGCGCGGUCGAAGCGAUCAAGACCGACCUCAAGAAGGUCGCGGUAGCGUUCCAAAAUGCGGUGAUCAAAAUCUUCGACAUUGAGAACGGGAAGGAGCUUAUGCUCAUGCAGAAUGGCACGUCGUCGCAAGCCAACAGCAUUGUGUCCCACCCCACGAUGCCGCUCUUGGUAGUCGGCCACGAGGAUAAGCAUAUACGGAUCUUCGACAUCAACACAGGCCAAUGUACGCACUCGAUGCUGGCCCAUCUUGAAGCAGUGACGUCUGUAUGUAUCGACGCUGCAGGCUUCUCGCUCGUGUCGGGCAGCCAUGACUGUUCCGUGCGCUUUUGGGACAUCCUGGGGGCGCGUGCAUGCGUGCAGGAGAUCACCAACCAUCGAGAAAAAGCCCGCGAGGGUGCACUCGGCGUUGAGUUCCAUCCGACACUGCCUAUCAUGGCCAGCGCGGGGGCGGAUGGUGUUGUCAAGUUAUAUGCGUCGUCGUAG